CCCACUGUGCUGCUAGGGAGGAGUUGGCUGGCUGGCUAGUUAGUUAGUCGUCAGCUAGUUAGUUAGCCUGUAGUUAGUUAGUAGACACGACUGUCGUUAGCCGAGAGCAACUAAGAAAGAGUUUUGAUCUGCUUUUUUUUCUCCUGGCUCAAUCUGCUCUUUUUCUUGCAUUCUUUAACGUGACGACACCAUUGUUGGAUUGGGAUUGUAAAGGCUUGUUGGCGGGACUCGGUCGCUCUUUCAGGUGUGAAUUGGGAGGACUUGGAAAAGAGCAAUCAUGGUUGCCUUGUCGCUAAAGAUCGGCGUGGGCAAUGUGGUGAAGACCAUGCAGUUUGAGCCCUCCACCAUGGUGUAUGACGCCUGCCGCAUCAUCAGGGAGAGAGUUACAGAGGCACAACUUGGACAGCCCAAUGACUUUGGGCUGUUUCUCUCUGAUGAAGACCCCAAAAAAGGCAUCUGGCUAGAAGCUGGAAAAGCCCUGGACUACUAUAUGUUGAGGAAUGGGGACACCCUUGAGUACAAGAAGAAGCAAAGGCCUCUGAAAAUCCGCAUGCUGGAUGGCACAGUGAAGACUGUCAUGGUGGAUGACUCCAAGAUCGUCAGCGACAUGCUCAUGACCAUCUGCGCCAGAAUAGGCAUUACCAACUAUGACGAGUACUCGCUGGUGCGAGACAUCGGUGAGGAGAAGAGGGAGGAAGCCACUGGAACCCUUAAAAGAGACAAGACAUUGCUAAGAGAUGACAAGAAGAUGGAAAAGUUAAAGCAAAAGCUCCAUACAGAUGAUGAAUUGAACUGGUUGGACCAUGGGCGGACUUUACGGGAACAAGGUGUAGAGGAGACAGAGAUGUUGCUGCUGAGAAGGAAGUUCUUCUACUCGGACCAAAACGUGGACUCCAGAGACCCUGUACAGCUCAACUUGCUUUAUGUGCAGGCCCGUGAUGACAUUCUAAACGGGUCUCAUCCGGUGUCUUUCGACAAGGCCUGCGAGUUUGCAGGUUAUCAAUGUCAGAUCCAGUUUGGUGACCACAACGAAUCCAAACACAAACCUGGAUUCUUAGAUUUAAAAGAGUUCCUUCCCAAGGAGUACAUCAAACACAAAGGAGAGAAAAAGAUUUUCCAGGCACACAAAAACUGUCAGAAUAUGACAGAGAUUGAAGCCAAAGUCAGCUACGUGAAACAGGCCAGGUCUCUAAAAACCUAUGGAGUGUCGUUUUUUUUGGUGAAGGAAAAAAUGAAGGGCAAGAACAAACUGGUGCCUCGUCUCCUGGGCAUCACCAAGGAGUGUGUGAUGAGGGUGGACGAGAAAACAAAGGAAGUGAUCCAGGAAUGGAACCUGACCAACAUUAAACGUUGGGCUGCCUCUCCAAAAAGCUUCACCCUGGACUUUGGAGACUACCAGGACGGUUACUACUCUGUGCAGACGACUGAAGGAGAGCAGAUAGCCCAACUCAUUGCUGGAUACAUUGACAUCAUUCUCAAGAAGAAAAAAAGCAAGGACCACUUUGGCCUGGAGGGAGAUGAAGAGUCCACUAUGCUGGAGGACUCUGUAUCACCUAAAAAGUCAACAGUGUUGCAGCAGCAGUUCAACAAGGUGGGCAGGGUGGAGACGGGUUCAGUGGCGCUGCCAGCCAUCAUGCGCUCAGGAGCCGGUGGUCCCGAGGGUUUCCAGAUGGGCUCCAUGCCUCAGGCCAAGCAGCACAUUACCAGUGGACAGAUGCACCGGGGACACAUGCCUCCUCUGACUUCAGCUCAGCAAGCCCUGACUGGAACCAUCAACUCCAGUAUGCAGGCUGUCCAGGCUGCUCAAGCUUCUCUUGAUGACUUCGAUACUCUGCCUCCUUUGGGAACCGAUGCUGCAUCCCAAGCCUGGCGGAGAAACAAGAUGGACGAGUCCAAACAUGAGAUCCAUUCUCAGGUGGAUGCCAUUACAGCAGGCACUGCCUCUAUGGUUAACCUGACUGCAGGUGACCCGGCAGAGACAGACUACACGGCAGUGGGCUGUGCUGUCACCACUAUCUCUUCCAACCUGACUGAGAUGUCAAAGGGCGUCAAGCUACUGGCGGCUCUCAUGGAGGAUGAAGGAGGAAAUGGACAGCAGCUGCUUGGCGCUGCCAAGAACCUUGCAGGCGCUGUUUCAGACAUGCUGAAGACUGCCCAGCCUGAAAACACAGAGCCUCGCCAGAUUCUGUUACAAGCUGCUGGUAAUGUGGGCCAGGCCAGUGGAGAACUACUUUCGCACAUUGGAGAGACAGACACUGAUCCACAGUUCCAGUUUGUAGGUAACCGAUCUUUCAGGGCUGCCAGAUGGACAGUGCUCUCUUACUGUCAAAUGAUGGACAUGCUGAUGCAGCUGGCUAAAGCUGUAGCUAACGCCACAGCAGCCCUGGUGCUUAAAGCUAAGAAUGUGGCCCAGAAGACGGAGGACUCUGCCCACCAGAACAGAGUUAUUGCUGCAGCCACUCAGUGUGCUUCUUCCACAUCUCAGCUGGUGGCCUGCACCAGAGUAGUGGCUCCUACCAUCAGCUCCCCAGUAUGUCAAGAGCAGCUGAUAGAAGCAAGCAAGCUGGUUGCCAAAUCAGUGGAAGGCUGCGUUGAUGCUUCACAAGGGGCCACCAAUGACGAGGGGCUCCUGAAGCAGGUCGGCAUGGCCGCCACAGGUGUGACCCAGGCUUUAAAUGAGCUGCUACAACACAUCAAGCAGUAUGCCAGUGGAGGCCAUCCCAUUGGACGCCACGGAGAAGCCACUGAUCGUAUCUUGGAUGUGACGGAGAACAUCUUCAGCUCAAUGGGAAAUGCUGGUGAGAUGGUUCGCCAGGCUCGUAUUCUUGCCCAAGCCACGUCUGAUCUGGUCAAUGCAAUCAAGAUGGAUGCAGAAGGAGAGUCAGACCUGGAAAAUUCCCGAAAGCUGCUGUCAGCUGCCAAGCUGCUGGCCGAUGCCACCGCCAAGAUGGUGGAGGCAGCCAAGGGUGCAGCGGCAAACCCUGACAGUGAGGAACAGCAGCAGAGGUUGCGAGAGGCUGCUGAAGGUCUUCGCAUGGCUACGAAUGCUGCCGCCCAGAACGCCAUCAAGAAACGCCUGGUCAACAAGCUGGAGAAUGCUGCAAGACAAGCAGCUGCAGCAGCUACACAGACAAUAGCUGCAGCUCAGCAUGCUGCCUCGUCUAAUAAGAACCAGGGUGCCCAGCAGCAGCUGGUCCAAAGCUGCAAGGUGGUUGCAGAGCAAAUCCCUCAACUGGUUCAAGGAGUCAGAGGCAGCCAGUCUCAGCCUGACAGUCCAAGUGCUCAGUUGGCCCUCAUCAGUGCUAGCCAGAACUUCCUGCAGCCCGGUGCAAAGAUGGUCACUGCCUCCAAAGCUACUGUUCCCACCAUCAAUGACCAAGCUUCAGCGAUGCAGCUCAGCCAGUGUGCUAAGAACCUGGCUAGUGCCUUGGCUGAGCUGCGCACCGCCUCACAGAAGGCCCAGGAGGCGUGCGGGCCUCUCGAGAUAGACAAUGCUCUGUCAGUUGUACGUGGGCUGGAGAAGGAUCUAAAGGAUGCCAAAGCUUCAGCUGAUGAAGGCAAACUCAAACCCCUUCCAGGAGACAAUCUCGAAAAGUGCUCCCAGGAUCUUGGUACAAGCACUAAGGCAGUAAGCUCUGCCAUAGCCCAGUUGCUAAGUGAGGCCACCCAGGGCAAUGAGAACUAUACAGGUAUGGCAGCCAGAGACGUGGCCCAGGCUCUGAAGUCCUUGGCCUCAUCUGCAAGAGGUGUCGCUGCCACCGCCGAUGAUGCAGCAGCAAGAAGUGCUUUGCUGGACUGCGCCAGUGAUGUCAUGGAUAAGUCGGCCAACUUCCUUGAAGAGACAAAGAGGGCCGUUGCCAAACCAGGAGAUGCAGAAAGUCAGCAAAGGCUGGCCCAGGUGGCCAAAGCAGUGUCUCAGGCCUUGAACAGAUGUGUCAACUGCCUUCCUGGUCAGCGGGAUGUGGACAAUGCCAUUCGUACUGUGGGUGAAGCCAGCAAAGCUCUCCUGGCUGAUUCUUUCCCCUCCAGUGGAAGGAGUUUUCAAGAGGUCCAAGGCCAGCUGAAUCAAGUGGCAGCUAGUCUUAACCAGUCAGCCAAUGAGGUUGUCCAGGCAUCACGCGCCAGCACCCGGGAACUGGCCAGAUCCACCAGCAAGUUUGGACAGGACUUUAACAACUUCCUGGAUGCUGGUGUUGACAUGGCAGGAACAUCACAAUCUAAAGAGGACAGGACACAAGUGGUAUCCAACCUGAAGACAAUAUCUAUGUCAUCCAGCAAACUACUCCUGGCUGCGAAAGCUCUAUCUACUGACCACAACUCUCCUAACCUCAAGAACCAGCUGGCAGCUGCUGCUCGGGCAGUUACAGAAAGUAUCAACCAGCUCAUUACCAUGUGCACCCAGCAGGCUCCUGGACAGAAGGAGUGUGACAACGCCCUCAGGGAGCUGGAGUCAGUGAGAGGAAUGCUAGAGAACCCAAGUGAAGCUGUGAAUGACCUCUCCUACUUUGACUGUAUCGACAGUGUCAUGGAAAACUCCAAGAUCCUUGGUGAAUCCAUGGCCGGUAUUUCCCACAAUGCCAAGAACUCCAACUUGCCAGAGUUUGGUGAUUCGGUCAGUUCUGGCUCCAAAGCCCUGUGUGGUCUGACUGAAGCUGCAGCACAGGCUUCCUAUUUGGUUGGCGUGUCAGAUCCCAACAGUUCAGCAGGUCAGAAGGGUCUUGUAGAUCCUGCUCAGUUUGCCAGAGCUAACCAGUCCAUCCAAAUGGCCUGCCAAAACCUAGUGGACCCAGGAUGCACCCAAUCACAAGUUCUGUCUGCCGCCACCAUUGUUGCCAAACACACUUCAGCACUAUGUAACGCUUGCCGACUGGCCUCCUCCAAAACCCCCAACCCUGUUGCUAAGAGACAGUUUGUCCAGUCAGCCAAAGAGGUGGCCAACACCACCGCGAACCUCGUCAAGUCCAUUAAGGCUUUGGAUGGAGCUUUUAACCAGGAGAACAGAGAAAGGUGUCGGGCUGCAACUGGUCCUCUGAUAGAAGCUGUGGACAACCUGACAGCCUUUGCCUCCAAUCCAGAAUUUGCCAGCAUUCCAGCUCAGAUCAGCCCUGAGGGUCACGCUGCUAUGGAGCCCAUUGUGGCAGCAGCCAGGACCAUGCUGGAGAGUUCCACUGGCCUGAUCCAGACUGCCCGAUCUCUAGCGGUCAACCCUAAAGACCCCCCCAAGUGGUCUGUCCUUGCCGGACACUCAAGAACCGUAUCGGACUCCAUCAAGAAACUCAUUACCAAUAUGAGAGAAAAGGCACCAGGCCAGAGGGAAUGUGAUGAUGCUAUCGAGGUUCUAAAUGGCUGCAUACGUGAGGUGGACCAGGCUUCUCUGGCUGCCAUCAGCCAGCAGCUCACACCACGAGAAGAUAUCUCCAUGGAGGCCCUUCAUGAGCAGAUGGCUGCUUCAGUCCAUGAGAUUAGUCAUUUGAUUGAACCAGUUGCUGUGGCUGCUCGCUCUGAGGCCUCACAGCUGGGACACAAGGUAUCUCAAAUGGUCAGCUACUUUGAGCCACUCAUCAUGGCCGCUAUCGGCACAGCGUCCAAGAUCCUCAGCAGCCAACAGCAGAUGGCUGUUUUAGACCAGACCAAAACUCUGACAGAGUCAGCCCUGCAGAUGCUCUACACUGCCAAAGAGGCUGGAGGAAACCCCAAGGCGGCACACAUGCAAGAGGCCCUGGAGGAGUCGGUGCAGAUGAUGAAGGAAGCUGUAGAUGAUUUGGGGGCCACAUUGGCAGAAGCAGCCAGUGCAGCAGGUGCUGUGGGGGGAAUGGUGGACUCCAUCAAUGAUGCCAUCAACAAGAUGGAAGAUGCACCUACACUUGAACCUGAGGGCACAUUUGUGGACUACCAGACCACCAUGGUGAAGACAGCUAAGGCCAUUGCUGUCACUGUGCAGGAGAUGGUCACCAAGUCCAACACCAACCCGGAUGAUCUUGGCGGACUGGCCAAUCAGCUGACUAAUGAGUUUGGAAAUCUGGCAGAUGAAGCAAAAUAUGCAGCAAUUACUGCCGAGAACGAUGAGAUUGGUUCCCACAUCAAGAAGCAAGUGGGUGAACUGGGUUUUAGCUGCACGGGCCUUGUGACCAAAGCCGGAGCGCUGCAGUGCAGUCCAAAUGAUUCCUUCACCAAAAAGGAUCUGAUUGACAGUGCUCGCAAAGUCUCUGAAAAGGUUUCGCAUGUCCUAGCAGCUCUGCAGGCAGGUAACCGUGGCACACAGGCCUGCAUCACUGCAGCCAGCGCAGUGUCUGGAAUCAUUGCAGACCUAGACACCACCAUCAUGUUUGCGACUGCUGGAACUCUCAACAGAGAGAAUUCCGAGACCUUUGCAGACCACAGAGAAUACAUCCUGAAGACAGCAAAGGCUCUUGUGGAGGACACCAAGCUCUUGGUGUCUGGUGCUGGAGCCAGUCAGGAGAGACUGGCCCAGGCUGCCCAGUCGUCUGUGUGCACCAUCACCAAGCUGACUGAUGUGGUCAAACUGGGUGCUGCCAGCCUUGGCUCAGAAGAUCCGGAGACUCAGGUGGUGCUUAUUAAUGCAGUCAAAGACGUGGCUAAAGCGUUGGGCAACCUCAUCAGCACCACCAAGGCAGCUGCGGGAAAACCCCAUGAUGAUCCCAGCAUGCUUCACCUGAAGAACUCAGCUAAGGUGAUGGUGACUAAUGUGACAUCGCUUCUGAAGACAGUGAAGGCUGUUGAGGAUGAAGCCACUAAAGGGACCAGAGCUUUGGAGGCCACCAUUGAACACAUCAGACAAGAGCUGGCUGUGUUCAGCAGCUCUGACCCACCAGCAACGACGACCACACCUGAGGAGUUCAUUCGCAUGACCAAAGGAAUCACCAUGGCAACCGCAAAAGCAGUGGCGGCCGGAAACUCCUGUCGCCAAGAGGACAUCAUUGCCACAGCUAACCUCAGCAGACGGGCCAUUGCUGACAUGCUGCACUCCUGCAAGCAAGCAGCCUACCAUCCGGAGGUCAAUAAGGAGGUCCGGAUGAGAGCACUGCGCUUUGGCAACGAAUGUGCUCAUGGAUAUCUAGGACUGCUGGACCAUGUACUGCUGGUUAUCCAGAAGCCAUCUCAUGAUAUGAAGCAACAGUUGGCCAACUACUCCAAAAGAGUGGCAGGUUCUGUAACUGAGCUUAUACAAGCUGCAGAGGCCAUGAAAGGAACAGAAUGGGUGGAUCCUGAGGAUCCCACUGUCAUCGCUGAGAAUGAGUUGCUUGGAGCAGCAGCAGCAAUUGAAGCAGCUGCCAAGAAACUGGAGCAGCUGAGACCCAGAACCAAACCCAAGGAAGCGGAUGAAAGCUUGAACUUUGAGGAGCAGAUUCUGGAAGCAGCCAAGUCCAUUGCUGCUGCCACGAGUGCUCUGGUCAAAGCAGCUUCAGCAGCCCAGAGGGAACUGGUGGCUCAGGGAAAGGUAGGGGCCAUACCAGCCAAUGCAGUGGAUGAUGGACAGUGGUCUCAAGGGCUGAUUUCGGCUGCUCGAAUGGUAGCCGCAGCCACCAACAACCUUUGUGAAGCAGCCAACUCAGCGGUUCAGGGACAUGCCAGUGAAGAAAAGCUUAUCUCCUCAGCCAAGCAGGUGGCAGCCUCCACCGCUCAGCUGCUGGUAGCCUGCAAGGUGAAGGCUGACCAGGAUUCUCAGACCAUGAAGAGGCUGCAGGCUGCAGGUAACGCUGUGAAGAGAGCUUCUGAUAAUCUGGUAAAAGCAGCUCAGAAAGCAGCGUUUGACGCUCAAGACGACCAGGCUGUGGUAGUCAAAAGCAAGAUGGUGGGGGGCAUUGCUCAGAUCAUUGCGGCUCAGGAGGAGAUGCUUCGUAAAGAACGAGAGUUGGACGAAGCCAGGAAGAAGUUGGCCACCAUUCGUCAGCAGCAGUACAAGUUCUUGCCUUCGGAGCUGCGGGAAGACGGUCAGGAACAAUAAAAGGUCAAAAGUGAUCCAUGAAAAGAUUUAUGCUUGCUUCACAUUCAAAACUUCAAAGUGUUCGUUUAAUGGACUUGUGUAGUACAUAAAUAUACGCUUGAAGUACUUGUUAUGUAUGUAUGUAUGUGUCUUCUUCCAUCAUGGUGACAAGACGAGACAAUCUAUGCAAUUGUUCCUUCGGCCAAUUUCACAUGGAACAAAUAGCUUUUAUAUUAAAUAUAUUCAAGUACUUCUUUUUUUACUUCAAUUUGGAUGGUUUAUAUUUGACAUCAUAUUCAUUAAUUGAAGCCUUGCCAAAGUAUUAGAAUAUUCAGUGCCUUCAAAUAUAUCGGACGUUAGCGUUGCAGCUUCUUUAUGUUUCUCAAGCUGCUUUGCAAACGUGUCAGAAUAUAUAUAACAUCCUUAUACAAAAUAAAUAUUAUAGUUUAUGGAUGUCUGUCUACACAUUGUCUAUUUUGAUAGAAUAUUUGUGUUUACUGAGAUCCUAAUGUUAGGUCACAGCUUUCAGUAUAUAUAUCAUGGUUUGAAAUAUUUCUAUAGUACAAGUACGUGCUGAUGUCUUUGUCCUACAAGUGCACUUUUUCAUUAAUUUAAAAAAUAUAAUUUCAGUCCUGCCAUUGAGAAUAUAUUUUACACACAACUAAAAGUGUAAUCCUCUUCCAUGUUUGUUUUAUUCAGCUUUUACUUAAAGGUGCUCUAAACGAAUACUGCUUUUGGCGAUGUGAUGGUGUAGUAGUAGUACUGCAAUACAUCCGACAUAAAUCCAGCUUUCAAUCACGUGAUGUGUACUACAAUACAGCAAUAAACAUUUUCAUCACGUCCA